GGCGGCGGCCGCGGCGCUGAGCAGGAGGAGGGGUGGUCGCGGGGCCGCCAUGCUGCGAGCCUCUCUCCGCCAGGUUUCGGCAGCGCUGAAGGAAGGACAGGUCACUCCGACGGAGCUUUGCCAGAGGUGCCUCUCUCUCAUCAAAAGCACCAAGCUGCUUAAUGCAUACAUUACGGUAGCAGAAGAAACCGCCCUGAAGCAGGCUGAAGAAUCAGAGAAAAGAUACCGAAGAGGUCAGCCACUCGGUGUUUUAGAUGGAAUUCCUAUUGCAGUAAAGGACAACUUUAAUACAGCUGGCAUUGAGACAACAUGUGCAUCAAACAUGCUAAAAGGUUAUUUUCCUCCUUACAACGCUACAGUUGUUCAGAAAUUACAGGAUCAGGGAGCUGUGCUUUUAGGAAAAACAAACCUAGAUGAAUUUGCAAUGGGAUCUGGGAGUACGGAUGGGGUAUUUGGACCAGUCAGAAAUCCAUGGAGUUAUUCAAGGCAGUACAAGGAAAAAUCUGCACCAAAAUCUGAUCCUGAGUGUGAAGAGUUUAAAUGGGUAAUAACAGGAGGGAGCUCGGGAGGCAGUGCGGCUGCUGUAUCGUCUUUCACGUGCUUUGCAGCUUUAGGGUCAGACACAGGAGGAUCUACCAGAAACCCUGCUGCUCACUGUGGUGUAGUAGGUUUAAAGCCAACAUAUGGACUGAUAUCUCGCCAUGGUCUCAUUCCUCUAGUGAACUCCAUGGAUGUGCCAGGAAUCUUAACCAGAUGUGUGGAUGAUGCUGCAGUUAUAUUAGGUUCACUUGCUGGACACGAUCCUAAAGACUCUACCACAAUUCAGGAUGUCUUUCAGCCAUUUGAGCUGCCCAGUAUGCCUGAUGUCAGCAAGCUCUGUGUAGGGAUUCCUAAGGAGUACAACGCACCAGGGCUUUCUAGUGAAAUUCUGUCUGUUUGGUCAAAAGCUGCUGACCUCUUUAAGAACGCAGGUGCUAAAGUAAUUGAAGUGAGUUUACCACACACUCGUUACUCAAUUGUCUGCUAUCAUGUGCUGUGCACAGCAGAAGUGGCAUCAAAUAUGGCCAGGUUUGAUGGACUGGAAUAUGGACAUCGUUCUGACGUGAACAAGUCCACAGAAAGUAUGUAUGCUGCAACGCGGCGAGAAGGCUUUAAUGAUGUUGUAAGAGGAAGAAUUCUAUCAGGAAACUACUUCCUCUUGAAACAGAACUAUGAGAAUUACUUUGUCAAGGCACAGAAAGUCAGACGUCUCAUUGCCAAUGACUUUGUGAAGGUUUUUGGAAGCGGUGUUGAUAUUUUACUCACUCCUACCACUCUGAGCGAUGCGGUCCCAUAUAUAGAAUUCAUCAAAGAAGACAACAGAACCCGCAGCACACAAGAUGACAUCCUAACACAGGCUGCAAAUAUGGCUGUGUUCUCCCAAAUUAUUACAGCAAGAGAAGAUGCUGUACAGUCAUAUGACAGGUUUAUAGCUUCCGUGUUUUAUAUUUUGCUGAUGCUGUCAGAGAUCCCAUGCUGGCAGCUGUGGGUCCCUUCCCCAUUAAGGGAAAAGCAGCAGAUUUUCCCCCAGCCCACUCAGGGUCUGCCUGCUCAUUCAGAAACCUCAGAGAAGAACAGCCUCCUUCCUCAAACAAAGCCAGGAGACAUUAAACACAACUCUAAUACUACACCCAGGGUUCAUGCUGGUACUGCUUGAAAAAUUCUGUCUUUGAAGCCGUUUUAUAGCUGCUCCUGUCUGCCUGUUAUGAAUUUGUGCCUGCAGGCUUUCUUAGGCAUGCACAAGUGGUUUCUGUUGUUACUCUGGUUAAUACUUGACAAUGUGAUGCUUUGCCUCUUCCUCCCCCCUGCCCAAUAAUAAAUAAAUAAAUAAAUAAAUAAAUAAAUAAAUAAAUAAAUAGAUCACACUGCCACACGAGUAGUUUUGCACCUCAGAGGAGAGGAGACAGGAAUUAACCUCUGAAGCCCAUAUCAUUCUUUGUAUGUUUCCAUCUGCUGGCUGCUUCUCUUAGUUUUCACUGUUUUAUAGGAAAAGUGUCACUAGAAAUACUGGAGGCCAGUUAAAGGAUAAAAUUGUUUUAUUGUGCAUAAAUUCAGUCUUUAACGAGUGUGGUUUUGUCCCUUGAUUGUUAAUGUUAUACCAAAUUUUAUCAGGAUGGUUGUCCUGCACAAAUAGUCAAAGCUGCAGAAGCCCAUGCUUCUUGGAAUCAGUACCUCAUCUGGUCUGAGAUGUAGUGGACAUUGAACGAGAACAGCUUUUGCAAUCUUCUGUCAAUGCCUUGUAAAAUGGUUCUUUUACAGGAUGUGCUUUAAAACAGGACCAAUUAUUCUUGCCGAUUGUAAUACAAAUCGUAGUGUAAUUAGUACUUAACGGCAAUAAUAAAAGAAAGUGAGAAAAAUGGUGAAAGAAAAAGAGAGAAAAAGCAAUUUAUUCAAAGUAAUUGCACUUCCACCUAUUUAUUUAAUGUGUUUGCCACUUUGAAGUCUUGUCGUCCUGCCAAUACAGUAGCACAAUGUUCUACUUCUAGCCCUUUAUAUGUCUUCGCAGAAUAAAAAUCUCAGCCGCAGUAUUCUCUGACUCUGAGGAGAAAUGAUUUCUUCCUAAUCCAAAUCUUCUAAUGGCUCAGCAUUUUGUGUUGAGAGAUCUUACAUCAUCUUGGGAGAUCAAAAAAGCAACUUUUCAGAUGAGUGUCCUAAAGGAACCAUUGUCUAUACAGUCACUUUAAAAGCUGAGACUUCUUUUUCCUCCCACAUCUGAAGCAUUUUCUUACUUAGGAGAUGUUUAUUGCAUUCUCUGUAACCACUUCUUACUCAGCUUGCUUAGCCCAAUACAAACUCACAUUUAAUGACCUCCUUAUUAUUUCAAAUGCCUCAAGAAACUUGAUUUAAUUCAAAGCCAAUACUGCCACAAGGGUAUUGCAGGUCUCAAAGAUCUCCUUGCAAGUCUGCUGGAAGAAAGAAAAGGGGGG